AUCUACAAACUUGACAACUGAAACCACUUAUUCAAAAUUCAGAACAGAGCAAAAGGAAGUAAAGUAAAAUGCCAACCUUGAAUUUGUACACAAACAUACCAGUAGAUACAGUCACAACCUCCGAUAUUCUCAGAGAUGCCACUAAAGCUGUUGCUAAAAUCAUCGGCAAGCCGGAAUCCUAUGUGAUGAUUUUGUUGAAUGGAGGAGUGCCUAUGGCAUUUGCGGGCACUGAAGAACCGGCUGCAUAUGGAGAAUUGAUAUCCAUUGGCGGUCUUGGACCUAGUGUUAAUGGAAAAUUGAGUUCAACUAUUGCUGAUAUUCUUCAAACUAAGCUUUUCAUUGAUAGCUCCCGCUUUUACAUUAAAUUUUAUGAUGUUCAGCGCUCGUUCUUUGGCUUCAACGGCUCGACUUUCUGAUCAGCUUCAGUUGUAAAGUAAUACAAUCCUGUAAAAUGCGCCAGUUCAGAAGAUGCUGCACAUUGAAGCUUAUGAUCCAAAUGUUGUUACCUUGUGGGCAUGCAUGCCCUUUUUAUUAGUAGUUUCAGUUUCACUACAAGUUCUAUUGUAACUCUGAAUUAAUGCUACUAAAUGUUAUUCAUGUUCUGAGAAUUAAGGUAUUUAUAUGCCUUUUGA